CUCUUGCUGCCUCUCUUUCCUCGUUAUUUCUAUAUUCUCCCACUCCGUCCCUCAUCUCACUUCUAUCCUUCCCUUCUUCCCUUCCACUUUUCUUGACUUUCUCCUUUCCAUCCGCUUUUACUUCAAACUUCUCAAAUUUCCUCCUUAAAUCCCCCCAAAAAAACAAACAAUAAUUAAUCUGUUAUUUCUUUUUAUUUUACUUAGAAGCUUGAUCGAUCAUGGCGGGCCUAGAUCUCAGCACCUCCGCCCACUUCCUCCACCACUUUCACCAUCUUCCCAAUCACACUCCCACCUCAUCAGACCACAACAACUCCGACGACAACGUUUCCCCUUCCGCCGCCAAAGCCGGGGCCUUUGACCUUAUCUCCCCCGGCGAAGUCAUCGGCUCAAGACCACGUGGCCGCCCACCUGGUUCCAAGAACAAACCCAAGCCACCAAUCAUCAUCACCCGCGAGAGCGCCAACUGUCUGCGGGCCCACAUCCUCGAGAUCUCCGGCGGCUGCGAUAUCUUCGAAAGCGUUGCUAAUUACGCUCGCCGCCGGCAGUGCGGCGUCUGUGUACUCAGCGGGAGCGGCACCGUCACCAACGUCAGGCUCCGGCAACCGGGCGGAUCCGGCGGCGCAGUCGUCUCUCUCCACGGUCGCUUCGAGAUCUUAUCUCUUUCGGGAUCCUUCCUUCCGCCGCCGGCGCCACCGGGAGCCACCUCGCUCACCGUCUUCCUUGCAGGAGGUCAGGGGCAGGUGGUCGGCGGGAGUGUCGUGGGCCCGUUGAUUGCCGCAGGACCCGUGAUAGUUAUAUCCGCCUCCUUCACGAAUGUAGCGUAUGAACGGUUACCGCUGGAGGAGGAGGAGGCGCCUCCGCAAAUGGAGCUGCCCGUAGGCGGCGAGGAAGGCGGCGGCGCCGGCGAUUUUGUCGAUCCGUCGGGAGUCGGAUUGCCGUUUUUUAAUCUACCGUUGAAUAUGGAGAGCUUGCCUUUUCCAUCGUAAGUCCGUGAGGUUGGAAGUUGCAAAGGUUUGAACUUGGAAUCGAAGGGUUUUGCUCUGUGUGGACAUUAAUUAGUUUAUAAAUAUAUCUACUCUCUGUCUUCUUAAUUUUCCAUUUUUCUGCUUGUGUUCUUGGUCUCAUCGGAUGGCUUUCAUGUAUUAUUACUAUAAUUUUUUGUUAUAUUUAUUUCAAGAUCCAAUCUUUAGCAGAAGUUCAAGUACAUAAGCAGCCAGCGGUGCCAGCCGCCAGUAUCGUUUGAACAAACUGUCCACUAAGUAAAUUCAAUCCCUCGGUGAAUUUCUUCGUCCCUAUCACCAAAUCUGCACGGAGCUGCCGGCGGCCUCUCCGGCCGCUACCAACUCCUUGAGCUUUGUUCCCGUCGCGAUCAUCGUUGGAUUCUUGUUCUUGACAGAAGUUUGAUUCUGCCAUCAAAUCACAAUAAGAUGUUUUGAAAUUAUGUGUGAUUGAUUCAUCGGGGAAGAUUCAAAGUUCAAAAUUGUCGCAAUCUGUCCAACUCGCAAAAUUAUGAGUCAUUUCACCUAUAAGAAGAUUGGAGCCACUUGGCCAUUUUCGGAUCUUCCAGCUGCUCAUAGCAUGGAUAAUAUUUUUUGAGAUUAUUCUGACUCUUUCUUAUAUGCAGUGAUUUGUGAACCGUCAGUAGUAUUGGUUUGUCAUCUCUUGGACAAUCAAGCCAUUAAAAUUUUAAUAUAUCAA